AUUUGUGAAUGACAUGAAAAAUGAAAAUGGUAUGCAUUUUGAUUAAAUUAAAGUUCUACUUACUAUUGCCCUGGUUGGGUUUGUAAAGUGUGAAGAUAUCAAGCAUGUCCAUCUAAUUUUUAUGAAUCACUUAGAUGUAGGAUAUGAUGGCCUGCUUCCAGAGGAACUUGGAUUUGUUAACAAUGUUCUAAACAAGUACUUUACGGAGUACUUCCCACGCUCCAUCAACACCUCGGCUACACUGAGAGAACUGGGUUACUAUGAGAAGCAAAUCUAUACAACCCACCCUUGGCUUGUCAGACUGUACCUACACUGUCCCCCAAAUCUUGUUCUCUCUGGGAUUAAACUACAGUGCCCUAAUGAGACAGAGAAGGCAGACUUUGUAGCUGCAGCAAAAAGGGGAGACAUUACAUGGCACGCCGGCCCCAUGAACAUGUAUAUGGAGACCAUGGACCCUCUGAUGGUGAGGUUUGGUGUACAGCUGAGUAUAGACUUAGACAAGGAGCUGGGAAUCAAGAGAAAGCACCGAACACUCAGCCAGAGGGAUGUACCUGCUAUGACCCAAGCAGUAUUGCCGAUCUUGACAGAUUUAGGCGUGGAAGCUGUGAGUGUUGGGGUGAAUACUGUAACAGCCCCUCCCGCUGUUCCUCCCAUCUUUAACUGGCAGUUUAAAAAUAGCUCUGUCAUUGGAAUCUGGCAUCCAGGGGGUUACCCUGACAACCCAGGCCCUGUGCCAUCAAAGCCUUAUGGUCUUUCUAGAAGGGACUGUGCCACUUUCCCAGGGUUCGAUCAUGCUCUCUGCUUUGCAUUUAGAACAGAUAAUUCUGGGCCACCAAUGGAUUACAAAGAGGUACUGGAGUAUUAUGAAAUCGCCAGAUCCCAGUUCCCUGGCGCUGAUGUGCAGUCUUCCACACUGGAGAAUUUUGUACAAGCAGUAAACCCCUACAAGUCCAAGCUUCCCAUCAUCACUAAGGAGUUCGGAGAUACCUGGAUCCAGGGGUCGGCGUCCGACCCUCGUAAAGUGGCCGAGAUGAGGGCCGUGUUUAGAGCUAGAAGUGCAUGUCUUCAGUCAGAAUCAGAUUGCUCAUUGUCGGAUUCCAGAUUUUACAAUGCCAGUGUUUUCUUCCUGAAGCAUGGAGAACAUACUUGGGGACUGAGUAGUGUGUUUGACAGUCAUCACUGGAGCAACGAACAAUUCUACCCAAUCAUGAAUAAUCUGUCCUUUGGAUUUAUGAAUGGUGUCUUGUCUUGGCAAGAGCAGAGGAAUUUUACAAACCUUGGAUUGGAUGCUCUGGGAAAUCAUACAUUGUCCUCCAAGAUUGUCCAGCAGCUGAAUCAGAUCCAGGCCAAGAGACCAGAUAUGUCAGAAUACGUCAACAUUGGUACAUCCCAGGAGAUACAGAAAUGUUCUAAUGGUUUUGAGUUUGGAUUUGAUAGUCAGGGUUCUCUCGUACAUAUGAAAGACCCUGCUAGUCAGGCCGUAUGGGCAGAUAGCACCCAUCCCUUAGGAAAGUUUGUCUACCAGACCUUGAAUCAAUCAGACUUUGAUUACUUCAACAAAAACUAUCCCUACUCUCCUCGCUUUCAGUUAGGAAUAGGAAAACCAAAUAUAUCUGAAUCUAAUGCCACUAGUGGGUACUGGAGCGUAACCAUGGAAGAUUUAUUUAAGAGUAAAGAGGGUUGCAGUUUUAUUGUACAUCUCCAAAUGACGGAUCCCUUGAGUAUGUCUCUGUAUGGUGCUCCGACUGUGAUAUAUAUUAAGUAUACAGGGGUAGCUGCAUCUAAGCAAUUAUCAAGUGUUGAUGUUGAGGUCCAGUGGUUCCAGAAGCCUCCAACACGCAUGCCAGAGUCUAUUUAUUUUAUGUUCCGACCAAUCAGUAAUCCAAAUCUGUCCUGGAAAAUUCAUAAAGUAGGACAGUUUAUUGAUCCACUCAACGUUAUUCUUAAUGGAAGUCAAAUUCUACAUGCUGUAGACAAGGGUGUGUAUUAUACAGACAGCAGAAACUCGGGCUUUUCUAUCGAGUCACCAGAUGUCGCUGUGGUCAAUGUGCUGACACCUGGUAGCAAUCCGAGUGUCAUACCUGUUCCAUUAAAACCAAUCAAAGCCGUAGAUGGAGUGGCUUUUAACUUGUUCAAUAAUGUCUGGGAUGUGAACUUUAUUUUCUGGUAUCCAUUUGAAAAACGAGAUAACGACCAAAAGUUCCGUUUUAAACUCAAUAUUUCCCCUUCUUAAUUUUAUGUUGUCACUGUAUCAUGGAAUCUGUGAUAUUAAGGUUUUACUUUCCCAGUGAGUAUAUGUGACUUUAUAAACAAAAUAAGUGAUACAACCAAUUGCCUCAAUUAAAUUUUAAUGAUUUUUAUAUUUGUACAUUGUAUUACAUAAUUUGUUGAUUAAUUUUCUGAUUACUUUGAUUAAAGCAUAAAUAGCAAAAACAAAAAUAGAACCAAAAAAUAUAGUUGGUAUGUACAGUACAUGUAUAUGUAUAUCAUUUGCAUUAUUAAGACCGUGUUCAUUUGAGUCAUGAAUUGAUUUAUUUUGCUUUUGAAGUUGGUUUGUGGAGCUGCUUUAAUAUGAAAGAGUUGUUUUUUGAUGGUUGAUCUCUUAAAACACAAGUGAUUUUUUGUUAUCUAUGUUCUAUUAGAAUUCCAUUCAUAAGUCUUUCAUAAAUUUCAUAUGUACAAGUUUAAGUUAGUCAAGCAUUCAGUGUUGAUUUAAAUCAUUGAUUAUCUAUCAUAUGCCUUUGAAGUGAUUUUGUGUAUACCUGUAUAUAGCGGGUACUUAGCCAGUUACUUACUUAUGGUUGUCUUCUUAGUGAUUUUGUUUAGUCUCAAUCACCAGAUUUUCUCAAGACCUUAUUUUAGCAAGAAGGUAUUUGGUAUUUACAUGUAUAUACAAUCUUGACAACAUUUUAAUGAGUUCUUGUUAAUGCUGUUUUAAUAAAUAACAGUAAAAAUAUACAUUAGAUGACAUUUUCACGAGCAGACCUUCUUGCUUUAUUAUGCAAAUAUAAAGUUUUGGGGAAUAAUUGGUGAUUUACAGUAAGGGUAGAUGUACAUUAGCUGUAUAUAAAUAAUGUCUUUUCUGAUUGGCAUUGUAAACAGUAAAGCAAGUGUUCACAACUGAUAUAUCAUGUAAAUUUUAAUUUAUAGAUAGUCAUACAUAUUUUUACAAUAAAUAAAUCCACAUUGAAUUUGU